AUGUCUCAUAAUCGGUAUGAAGAAAUUCUUUCCAUUCUCCACUUCAACAAUAAUGAGGAAGCUGUUACUGAUCCAGCUGAUCCAAAAUAUGACAAAUUCAAAGUGAAACCACUAGCUGACCAUUUUAGACAUGUGUUCAAAGGAAGUGCUACUCCAGAGACAAUGCAAGCUAUUGAUGAAAUGAUGAUCACAUUCAAGGGUAUGCACAGUGCCAAUGUACCAAAAAAGCCAACUAAAUGGGGCUACAAAUUAUGGUGUCAAGCUGGAAUGUCUGGAUAUGUCUAUGAUUUUGAAAUCCUUGGGUCUGCUGAUGCGAUGGUGUUGAUGUACCCAAUCUUGGGGAAAGCUCCAACGUUAUUCUGA